GCGUUUCAGACUGAAGACUGUGCUGUUACGAGACUUGAGAAGUUGCGGCCGGUUGGACUACUGGAACGCUACUCAAGUGCACGACAUCACCUUGGUUUUUAUAUCAACGUCGCAGUAACAGCAACAUACACACUGCCGCGAUGCUCACAACCAUUGAAGAACUACAUAUAUAAAGCAUGCAAAAUACUUAUCGGCCAACAUCCUAUUCUCUCUGCCAUACCCGUGGGUGAAGACACGGAUGAACCCCAUUUCAUCCGCGUUCCCACGAUUAAUUUGGACAAUUCUGUUUUAUUUAAAGACAGACAGCGUGGCAGCCAUGGUUCCAAUAGUCCCCUCUGUCCUAACCCAGAUAUGGACUUAGAAGAGCUUCUGAAUAUCCAACAUAAUAUGCCAUUUUCCUUUCCUUCUCCAUUUUGGAGACUCUAUAUCUUAACGGAUCCCAAUCAUCCACAUUUGUUCACUGCUUCCUUCAUCUUUCAUCACGCCAUUGGAGACGGCACUUCUGGAAUGGCCUUCCAUAAAACCUUCCUGCACGCCUUACAUCUCGCGCUAUCUUCUUCCCCCUCCUCUUCUGAAGUAGAGAGUACUAUUACAGCGCCGAAUAUUCCCCUAUUGCCUAGCUUAGAGGCGCUCCACCCGAUACCGGUUUCGAUUCCGUUCUUGUUUUCGAUACUAUUCAAGGAGAAAAUCUGGAACAAGCAGGAUCCCUGCCUAUGGACUGGUUCAAAGAUCACCAUGCCCCUACAGAGUGAAAUACGCCAUCUUGUCCUUUCUGAAUCUGAGACUACUUCCUUCAGGGACCUCUGUCGCAAAAAUAAAACUACUAUAACGGCAGCUCUACACACUUUGGUUGCUGGUGCUCUGUUCGUAAACCUCUCUGCGCAUUACACACAGCUCCGAUGUGUUGGCGCGCUUUCAAAUCGGCGAUGGCUCGGAUGCCGGAUCUGUGAUGACUCCAUGGGAGUGUUUGUGCAGGCUUUCCAAGACUCGUAUCGUCGAGAAGGAUUUUUUGACCAGUCCGGAAAUUUCAAGUUUCCAUGGGACGAAGCCGUCAGGUCCAGGAAAACAAUUGAGGACACAAUAAAUAUGCAGGGAAAAAACGCAAUAUCAAAUCUAUUAAAAUAUGUCGGCGAUUACCACAGUGAACUAUUCCUGUCUAAGAUAGGCAAGAAUAGGGCUGAUAGCUACGAAGUCUCGAACUUGGGUGUAUUCGGGUCUAAUCUAGAAGCAACGGUCGGUUCACAGAAGCCACUAGUUGGCAGGAUGGUCUUUUCGCAGAGUGCAAAUGUAACAGGGAGCGCCUUUGAGGUGUCCGCGAUUACUGGUGGUGAUGGAUGUCUAGUGCUGACAUUUUCAUGGCAGAAGGGAGUCGUAGACCUUCAUCUCGUCAGCAACAUUAUGAAGACGAUCGUAGAGCAUUUGGGUACGAUAAUAUAAGGAUCGAAAAUAAGUUAUUCCCCAUAUAUGUAUAUAUGCUACUUGUCAACCCAAUAUUUUCAAAAGAUUGAUUGAUUCAACAGC